AUGAGUAAUACUAGAAGAGGAGCAAACAAUACAGCAAAUGAUAAUGGAUUGAAACAACUUCUUGACGCAGAGGAUGGUCAGGGAGACACUGAUCACGUCCUGCAAACCAAUGACCAAGGUACACAAAAGUAUAAAUGGGAGGAAAAGUUUGUAAGAUCGUGGGAGACGAUUGAAGAAGAUGAAAAGGGUCUCAGACCAUCACUACAAGAAGACAGAGACACACGUACACGUCGACAACUAAAGGAUGACCAACGUGUUCGUCGUGGUAUGCAAAGACAUGUGUGUCUGGUGAUCGAUCUGUCGAAAUCACUCGAAAUACAUGACCUCAAACCAAAUAGACAUCAAGCAGUACUCAUUGCAGCAGAGAACUUUAUCAAAGAGUUCUUUGAUCAGAAUCCCAUCUCUCAACUAUCACUCAUCAUCACCAAGAAUAGCAAGGCCGAGAAAAUAAGUGAUCUAUCAAGUAAUCCAAAUCGUCACAUUCAACUAUUGAAAAUGGUAUCAUCUACCAUUGAAGGUGACCCUUCAAUUCAAAAUAGUUUAGAUGUUUCAAUUGCUACAUUAAGUUAUGUACCAAAAUAUGGUAGUAGAGAAGUUAUAUUUAUUUAUUCAAGUUUGACUACUUGUGAUCCAGGGGAUCUAAGUAAAACUAUUACAACUUUGAAAAAUGAAAACAUAAGAGUAUCAUUUGUACAUUUAGCCGCUGAAUUAUAUGUUUGUAGACAUAUUUCAGAUGCAACUAAUGGAACAAUGAAAGUAAUUGAAACAGAACAUCAUUUAAAUGAAGCAUUAAUAUUACAUUGUCAACCACCACCAACCAUUGGUAAAGUGGAAGCAGCAUUGGUAGAGAUGGGAUUUCCACAACAACAUACUUCACAGACACCAAUGAUGUGUGUUUGUCACGAACAAUUUAAAUACGUUGGCUAUACAUGUCCUCGAUGCCAAAGCAAGUUUUGUGAACUACCUACAGAUUGUCAAAUAUGUGGACUUUCUUUGGUUUCUUCACCUCAUCUUGCUCGAUCCUAUCAUCACCUUUUCCAAGUACCAAUCUUUCGAGAAGUCAAUCCAAAAUCAAUACAACCAAAUCUAAAAUGCUAUGGAUGUCUAUUACCAAUCAAACCAAACUAUCUAAACUAUGGUUGUCCACGUUGCAAAAAAAUAUUUUGUUUUGAUUGUGAUCAAGUGGUUCAUGAAUCCAUUCAUAAUUGUCCUGGUUGUGAAAAUGGUUUAGAAUUCUUAGAUGAAAAGGAUAAUAGAGAAGAAGAAGAAAAUAGAACUACUACGACAAUCAAUAAUAAUGACAGCGAUAAUAAUAAUAAAUUGGUUCAACAACAACAACAAUCAAUAGUUGAUCAAAUGUUGGUUGAUUCAUAA